AUGGAAGGCCAAGGCGAAAAUGACGAGCUCUACCCUAUCGCGGUGUUGAUCGACGAACUUAAGCAUGACGAUGUUUUGCUCCGUUUAAACGCCAUUCACAGACUCUCGACCAUCGCUCUUGCUCUCGGUCCAGAAAGGACACGCGAAGAACUAAUUCCAUUUCUUGAUGAAUCCAUAGAAGAUGAAGAUGAGGUUUUGACUGCCCUCAGCGAGGAAUUGGGCAACUUCGUUGAAUACGUUGGGGGCCCCGAGUACGCGCAUGUCCUGCUCUCCCCGCUCGAAAACUUGGCUGCGAUCGAGGAGCCCCUGGUUCGCGAAAAGCUAUCGCCAAGGCAGAUCGAAGAACAUUUCAUACCCUUGACCGUCCGGCUUUCCAAAGUAGAUUGGUUUACUUCCAAAAUCUCUGCAACGGGCCUCUAUUGUGCUCCAUAUAAGAAUGCGUCGCCCGGAUUGCAGCAAGCGAUGCGACAGCAAUUCGGACAACUUGUCCACGAUGAGACACCCAUGGUUCGACGUCAAGCAGCCAACAACCUUGCCAAAUUUGUGAAGGAAAUGCCAGCACCCGUUAUCAUCGAUGAAAUGAUUCCUUUGUUCCAAUAUCUCGCGAACGAUGAUCAGGAUAGUGUCCGGUUGCUUACAGUUGAGAUCCUAAUUUCAAUUGCUGAAGAAAUCCCAAAGGAACAACAAUCGAGUCACGGCGUUCUCCUUACAUCACUGCGGGGAUUGUUUGAAGACAAAAGCUGGAGAGUCCGUUAUAUGGUCGCUGAUAGGUUCGAAAAGAUCGCGAAAGCGGUGGAUGACCAAGUCGUGAAUCGUGACUUGGUUCCAGCUUUUGUUAAAUUGCUCAAAGAUACCGAGGCGGAAGUUCGAACUGCAAUUGCAGGACAAAUUCCAGGCUUUUGCUCUCUACUUGAUCGGGAAACACUAUUGAAUGAAAUUAUGACCAGUAUAGAAGAUCUCGUUUCCGACCAAUCUCAGCAUAUGCUCAAAGAUGAUUUCCCCGACGUCCGCCUCCACAUCAUAUCAAAAUUGGAGUUAGUUAACAAUGUAAUUGGUAUCGAAUUACUAUCUCAAUCCCUACUUCCCGCAAUCUCUCAGCUGGCCGAAGAUAAACAAUGGCGCGUUCGCUUGGCUAUUAUCGAGUAUAUUCCCUUGUUGGCCAGCCAGCUUGGUGCUAAAUUUUUCGACGAAAUACUCAACAACCUCUGCCUUAGCUGGCUUGGAGAUUCUGUUUUCUCAAUUCGAGAAGCUGCAACUCGAAAUCUCAAGAAAUUGACAGAGGUGUUUGGCGUCGAGUGGGCUAACGAAUCGAUUAUCCCCAAGGUCGUUGCUAUGGGCCAACAUCCAAACUACCUGUAUCGAAUGACAACGUGUUUCGCUAUCAGCACUCUUGCCCCUGUUAUAAAUCUCAAAAUGAUUGAAAGUUCGGUUUUGCCGGUCUUGAACAGACUGGCCAGCGACGAUAUCCCGAACAUCCGCUUCAACGUCGCAAAGUCGUAUGCGGUAUUGAUCGAUAUUAUUCAGCGAUUACCAGAAGAGGGCACAAUCAGCGAGCUCGAAAAAUCCGGUCAGGCAGGAACACCUUCACCAAGAAGCCAAGUCAUUAUCCAACAGCAAAUCAUGAACAAUCUCGAAAAAUUGAAGAAGGACGAUGAUGUGGAUGUGAGAUACUUCGCUACCACAGCGGCAGGAAAUUAUGGGGAAGCCAUGCAAACGUCGCCAUGA